AGUGCAAUGCUCUGGAUAAAGUGUCAAGCGGCGUAACAUAUUGACUACUUUGAAAAGAAAAAACGAAGUUAGAGACAGAAACAGAGAAAGAGAGAAAGAAAUGAAAAUACGAAAACCAUAAAAGGUAUAAGGAAAAGUAAUGAGAUAGAAGGCGAAGCGUUAUGUUAUCCAAAUUGUUAAGCAUGUCGAAAGCCAUGUCCAUGUCCAUGUCUAUGUCUAUGUCCUUCCAAUCUGACCAGCACGAAGUUCUCCGCAGAGGCUUUUCCACCUUCGCCUCCCUCCCACGCGCCACCGCGCCCUUCCGUCUCAGGGCUUUCUCCACCGCCGUCACCGAUAAGCCCUCUGUUUGCACAGCCGACGAACUCCAUUAUGUCUCUCUCUCCAAUUCCGAUUGGAAACUCGCUCUCUGGCGCUACAACCCUUCGCCUCUCGCACCUCCGAGGAAUCAUCCUCUGUUGCUCUUGUCGGGCGUGGGAACUAACGCCAUUGGGUAUGACCUUUCACCCGAGUCAUCAUUUGCACGUUACAUGUCUGGUCAGGGAUUUGAAACUUGGAUUCUUGAAGUACGAGGAGCUGGGUUGAGUCUUCAGGGUUCAAAUUCUAAAGAUAUUGAACAAUCUGCUAAUGCAAUGUCUGAGAAGAUGGAAGCUGCUUCAGAAAUUGCUACAGCUACCAACGGAGCCAUGGCUUCAAACAAAGAAUUGAAUAACAUCUCUUGCACCGUUUCUGAAACUCAGAUUCCUCCUGUCUUAAACGGGGUAGAAACUGAGAAUGUGGCCAUCAAAGGUGACCUAACUAGGCUGGCUACUGUUUGGGAUGAAUCAAAGUUGGUGGCAAGAUUGACCGAGACUUUUAUGUUUUUGUCAGAAAGAGUCUCUGGGUUUCUGAGUGAAAGUCAAUCAAGGGUAAUGUUUUCCAAAUUUCUAGAUCAGAUUUCAAAACUUCUGGUGGAUUCUCCACUAUACGAACAAUUCAACGACGUAAGGGGAAAGCUUUCAACUUUGUUUGAAACAAAGGAAAACUCUGGUAUUACUAGUCAAAUAACUGAUCUGAGUCAAAGACUAGUAAAUAUUAUUGAGGAAGGUCAGCUAUCUGUUUCUCCUCCAUUAUAUGAUCUACAAGCUCGCUUUACUUCUACAAUAGAAGAUUUUCAGAAGCAACUUGACUUGAUUGUGAAGUAUGAUUGGGACUUCGAUAAUUACUUGGAAGAAGAUGUUCCUGCAGCGAUAGAAUACAUAGUGAAACAAAGCAUGCCUAAAGAUGGAAAAUUGCUUGCAAUUGGACACUCAAUGGGUGGUAUCUUGCUUUACUCCAUGUUGUCACGAUUUGGUUCUGAAGGAAAAGAACCAAAUUUGGCUGCAGUGGUCACACUGGCAUCAUCUUUGGAUUACACAUCAUCCAAAUCAGCUCUGAAAUUACUCUUACCCUUAGCAGAUCCUGCCCAGGCCCUCAAUGUCCCUGUUGUUCCUUUGGGGACAUUGCUGGCAGCAGCUUAUCCUCUUUCUUCUCGUCCACCGUAUGUAUUGUCACGGUUAAAUACAUUGAUUUCAGCUGAGGACAUGAUGCAUCCAAAUUUAUUAAAGAGACUUGUUUUGAAUAACUUCUGCACCAUACCUGCAAAACUUCUCUUGCAACUCACUACAGCAUUUCGAGAACGUGGUUUAUGCAACAGGAAUGGGACCUUUUUCUAUAAGGAUCAUCUACACAAAAGCAAUACCCCUAUCUUAGCUAUUGCCGGAGACCAGGAUCUGAUUUGCCCACCUGAAGCUGUGGAAGAAACUGUUAAGUUAAUUCCUGAGCACUUGGUUACCUAUGAAGUUUUUGGAAAACCUGGAGGCCCACAUUAUGCACAUUAUGAUUUAGUAGGAGGAAGGCUGGCAGUGGAGCAGGUGUAUCCCAGUAUAAUUGAAUUUCUUAGCUGUCACGACAAGUGAUGUACACCAUCAAUUUUCAUCAAAUACAUUCUUCUUGGAUAAUGCUUGAUAACUACAAUCCAAACAGGUACCUUACAUUAAAUUACGAAGAAAAGUUUAAAGAAUUUAUAACUGACCUUUUGUACUUUGGAGCAAGGGGAUUCGGCUUUUUUUGUUUCCCAACCACAACAGCAAAAGGUAGGAAAUACGAUCGAGGAUAUAGAAAGAAAUAGGAAUUACAAGGACUCUAAUUGUUUUCUACAGCGUUUUCUUUGAAUUGUUGUAAAGUAUAUGUACAUAAUUUCCUACACGACUCUCCACAUUCUGGCUGCAACCAGCCCACUCGAAUUGUUUCACCAACUUGUGUAUGUGCGUGCAUGAUUAGGCCCUUCGAUCUGAGUUUCUAUCCAAAUUGCACAGAUAUUUUAAAA